GAGCGUUGGCACGAUAGACCUAUACAGGCUUUUCGCUGCCCACUCUUGAGUUUCUUUUGACGUUUGCAAGUGUAUCUCAGUCUUGAUUUAGAGCGCAGUUUUGUACACUCGUCUGUGGCUAAAUCAAGCGAGGUGAACGGUGGACUGUCAUUACCUGUUAUAACACACGUAAGUCACGGAGGAGAAAAACCUUACGAGAAAGUAUUGCGAUACACACUAGCUGACGCCUCGAUCUAGAAUGCUUUUGUGUACGCUAGAGUAUAACAGUAGACGAGUGUUGUUGUUGUUGAUGAUGUAACCAGUAACAACCGUACAACUUACUGCUCCGGGCCAACCAAGUCCGAGAAAAAAUACACAAACAAAAAACAUUCCACCCCAAGACGAUAAACUUUGCAUACAUGUUAGUAAGAAUUGAGUAAGAUAAACGCCUUAGUAGAGAGAAGUAUAGAUCUGUAUGUAGAGUGUACUGGUAGUGGUGGUGGGGGCGAGGAUGUAGCGCCCCGGGGAUGACGUCAACAGUCACCAUGCAUCACGACAAUGUCUGCCUCCACACCUAAGCUCCAGCGACCCUGCAGGUGGCGUUGACGAGGACACCUGGUGGCCGCUAUGAUGAACCACGCAAGGGUGUUCAAGAAGACGGCACCGAACGGGAAGAUCACGGUAUAUGUAGAGAGGAGAGAGCUAGUGAUACGGGAGGAAGGAGGGAUACAACCUCUUCACGGCGUGCUCUUCGUCGACUCCAACUAUGUGAAGGACAGGAAGGUGUUUGGCCAAUUUGUACUCACGUUUCGAUAUGGACGAGAAGACGAAGAGGUGAUGGGACUGAGGUUCUGUAACGAGGCGUGUCUUCAGGCCCAGCAGCUGUGGCCGGCACCUGAAGGCGAAGACCAGGACCACAAACACCUGACGCCCCUACAGGAUACGUUGGUCAAGAGGCUGGGGUCAGGUGCAGUGCCCUUCAUCUUCAACGUGUCCUCCCUGGCGCCUCCCUCCGUCACCCUCCUGCCAGCUAGGACCUAUGUCGGUGCCCCCAUAGGAACCAACUAUGACCUCCGAAUCUUCGUAG